AUGCUUUCAACCAAAAACGCUCUGGCGUUGCCACAAGACCCCGACCAGGAGAGUCCCGUAACAAGCGCAAGCGAUCAGUCACCACGCACACAAGCAAGACACGUCGAGCAACCCGCCGAUGCCGACAUCGAGACCGAUGCCAAAGAGGGAAAAAAGGAACAAGAGGUUCAAAGCAAAAUGAUUGCAAAGCGCCGGCAAACUGGAACUUGUGUGUACACUUGGACUGCCUUUUUGCCUGCCAUGAACGCUGAAAAGCAUCCCAAGCCCUUUGGCCACCCCAAUCCAACCCCUCCGGCUAUAUCAAACCUAUUCCCAUUCAACUCACGUUCAGGGCCUAACAGAUCGUCCAUGCCAAUCAGUACUGGUGCUCGCUUUUACACUACCUUGUAUUCUUCGCUGGAAGCGUCCUCAAGACUCGGCAGCCAGAGCCACCGCAAGGGCAGCCAAAACAGUCAGCACCAUCAGCCCCGUCACGAGGAUCUCGAGCCGCAUCAAACUCGCUCCGGCUCGCGCAAGGAGAAGCGGAGCAAGCGCGAGCACUAA